AUGGCUCACCUGUCUUUUUCACUAGCACCAGCUUCACUGGUCCGACUGCAUGAAGCUCUAACAUGUUUGGUCAAAUUCAAUGAAAGCGUCGCCCUCGAGGCCGAAUAUGACUUGCUUCGUUUGAGCGUUCUCAACUCUACCAAAACAGCGUAUUCAGCAUUCGUUCUCGAAGCGGACAGUUUCUUCGAGAACUACACCUUUAGUCCAAGCAGCGACAUAUCGUCUGCAUCCCGCAGUAAUAGGCGUCCAGAUAGAUUCUGUUGUCAGAUUUAUCUCAAAGCACUCCUCUCGGUCUUCAAAGGAAGGACCAGCGAAAAAGACAAAGACACGGCCGUUGAGCGCUGCGAGGUUGAGAUACGUGAAGACGCGCAGCAGACUGAAUGCAGGCUCGUUAUUCGAAUGAUCUGUGGACUGGGCGUCAUCAAGUCAUACAAGCUUACUUAUGAACCUAUGAAUGUCCAACAUGCGAUAUUUGACAGAUCAAGAACGACAAAUAAAUGGACUAUUGAUCCUAAGUUCCUGAGAGAGAUUGCGGACCAUUUCAGUCCGUCUGCAGAGCAAUUAGACAUCCAUCCAGAGGGUGACAAGGUUAUAUUUACUAGUUUCACCACGAAAAUCGCAGAGGGCAAAGAAAUACUCAAACAGCCCGUCCACACCUCCGUCGCCAUCGACAAAAAAGACUUCGAAGAUUUCCUCGCAGAAGACAACCUCCAUAUCGCCAUCAGCAUCAAAGAUUUCAAAGCAGCCAUCACCCACGCCGAAACUGCAAAUGCACUCCUCACAGCCCGCUACACCCGCCCAUGCCGUCCACUGCAAUUGGCGUAUGAGUUCGAAGGCAUCAAGACAGAAUUCACGCUGAUGACGAGAGGCGAGGCAAGUGGUGAUAAUAAUGCCCCGAAUUCCUCGCGGAGUACUGCUCGCGAGUCGUUGGCAAGACAGUCGCAGCCAACGGCGCAGGUGAAUCCGAAUCGACCUGGUCAGACUCCGGAGAACAGGCGGACAGACAUGUUCCCGUCUCUUGCUCCUGCCGCUGCGGCCUCGCGUAGCCGGCCUAUUCGUCCGCUCACGGGAACGCCUUCUGCUUUGAGAGAAACCAAUGACGGGAAUGCGGAGAAUCAGCGUCCCGCAGUAGCGUCGAUGGAAUUUGACAGCCUGUUCGUUCCCGCAGACGAUGAUAGACAGUGGGAUGUACCCAAUGAUGAGGAAGAGUCGGAAGAUAUGCUCGGUUGGGAUGCAACAGCAGAUCAGGAGACGUUCAAUGCGAGUCUUGGUGCGCAAUUGCAAGAUAACGAAUAUCAUACGUCGCGCAGAGACGAGCCAGUUGAGCAGCAGCAGGAUGAUAUGGGCAUUCCACCCACACAGCGCAUGUCCCAGCUCCAUGGUCUUGGUCUCUUCGAUUGA